AUGACGACGAACAUUGACACCACAUUGGUGGAUUAUUUCGCCGUAAUUGGUUAUGAUCCGGACACUGGCCUUGUUGUUGACACAUCUUAUGAUCAUUGCCAAUCGCUGGGCGAAUCCACCAUCCAGGAUGUACGUACACCAUUGCAGCGGGCGUUCGUCGCCAAAAUUCUUCACCAUUUUCCGCAACGACGGCCGAGUAAUCCGUUUCCCGACGAGAUUCUGCCGCUAUGCAUGCCGAAAGGCCUUCGAUUCUACACCGAAAAGGAUGUGCCGUCGAAACCAUCGAUUCACUCGUUCGCCAAUAUUCGUGAAGACGGUAGUCGCAUCAAUGGAACCGCGUUAACGUUCUACGAGGAGGUUAAAGAUCCAGCGAUUUGCGAGGAAAUGUCGAAGCUGCAUCAGAAGCACGUGCGCGAGCUCACCGAGCGUCACGGGGCCAACGAGAAUAGUCAACGGACCCAUUUGCCACCGGGCACCGUGUCCGGCGGCACCCAUACGUUGCCGCGCGGUCGGCGAGAUCGAUCGAAACGGGUGUCCUAUUAUGAAGGAGGCGGGCAGAACACCCUUUUUAUGUCCCGUACGAUAUGUGUAACCACUCGCUUGCCAUUAGUCCACGCCACUAGCGCUCUAUUAUCAGUAUUGCACUCGAUGUUGACCGCGUCGAGCUCGCCGAGCUUGCCAAUUGAAAGCUAUAUUUAUUGGUGCCUCUAUGAGGUGCCGAUGCCGUCACCGGGGACCACAUUGAAGAUUCCAUUAUUGGACACCACAAUAGUGGUCCAGCGGCCGGGACCCAAAGAAUUGCCAUUUUUCGAUGAUUCCAUUGGAAAACUAUUCGAUUUCAUGCUCGUUGAGAACUUCAUCAAGCUCUUCUCGUGUUUCCUUUUGGAGCAUCAGAUUCUUCUGUGCUCCAAAGAUCUUGCGAGACUCAUGAGCGUCUCCGAAGCCCUUCUAGCCCUUUCGUUUCCAUUCCGAUGGCAAAUGGUGUACGUUCCCGUCUUGCCCUACUCUCAGCUCAAGUUCGUCGAAGCGCCGGUUCCCUAUGUGAUGGGCUUAUGCUACGAGGAUAGUGUGCCGCCAUCGCUUCGACAUCUCAACGUGUGCGUUGUCGAUUUGGACACGGGAAUCGCUGAUCUACCCGAAGAGGUGCCAAAGUUCCCGGGAUUCGAUCAACUCGUCGCCGACAUCAAAAAGGUGCUCCAACGAUUGAAUUCGGCCGAGCCGACGGCGCCGGAAAUCAAGAUGAGGCAGAAGAGCGGCGCGAAUCGGAGGAAUGAUGAAUGGGCGAUGAAGCGAAUGAGUAGAUCGUUCGAUUUUGAAGACGUCAAUGUAUUCGCCGACGAAUUGAAUGAUUCAGGACGUCUUCGAAGGCCUUCUAGAAGUGAGCUUCAGCCACUACCCCUGGAGAAUGUGCUCAGGAACAAUUCAACAGUGUCCAGGGUGGCUGAAAUCGCUCGACGCGUCGGCGUCGUCGUCGACGUCGACAACAUCGAAGCGGAAAUUGGGCAGAACAUUGAUUCGCCGAUCGCGCGCCAUUAUUUCACCGAUGCGAAAGUGACGAACGCGAUUCGCGAAUGCGUUCUGAAUCGAUUCGUCGACAUGUUCUAUUCGUACGAGCAUUUCGUCAUCGGCGGCCAAGGGUGCGAGGAUCGCGAGACGUACGAGCAGAAUCGCGAGAGUAUGGCGAGUUUCGACAAAGCUUCGUUUCUCUCCGAUCAGCCGAACAGCCAUCUGCCGUUUCUCGCCGCGUUUCUGGAGACCCAAAUGUUCACCUCGUUCAUUGAUGCGAAAAUAUUGUCGCAAUGGGAGACGCCCGAUGAAGCGGUGACGUUGUUCGAUUCGAGAAUCGCGAAGAUGCGCGAACACCUCGGCGUGUCGAUUGUCCGAACGCCAACGUACGAAGCGAAUCCGCCGUUCGUCGCCACCGAAGAGCUGAUCGCGAAGAGAGAGGAAACCACCGACUACGUGGUCCCGUCGCCGCAUCCGCUCGAUGGCGCGUUCGCGAUGAGAUACGAUGGAUGUUGGCCGGUUGACAAGCUCAACACUAGUCUUCUCGAUGGCGCCAACCUCAUAAGUCCGGCGCCGAGUCCGUGGCGUCAACGGUACGCGAGACUACGGACCACCACCAAAAACGACUCAUCGCCGUCGCAACGGCCGACGAGCGUUUACGGUGGCGCCGGAAUUCUCCAGGCGGAUUCCAGUCAACAGCAGCUCGCCCAACAGCAAUUCAAUUUUGUGCAGCAACUCCUCAAAGAGACGAAAGCAAAAACGAAGCGAAUGCUUGUCGACAAAAUGGGCAAAGAGGCGGUGAAUUUGGGACAUUUGGACGCCGGAAUCACGGGCGUCGAAGAGAACACAUUGGUGGCGUCGUUUUGCGAUCUACUCGAGCGUAUUUGGGCGCAUGGCCUCAAAAAUAAACAUGGCAAAUCGUCGAUAUGGAAUUUUGUGCUUCAACACCAAGAUUUCGAGAAGCCCGGACUUACGACAAGAGCCGCGUCGACAUCAAUGCUAACACCAGACGAACGCGGAUGUCGCGCGCCGUCGUUGCCGCCGUCGUCGCGUCAAAUUCCGAUCGACGAGGUGCCGGCGCCGAUCAUUCUCUCGCCGCAAAACGAAACCGACGUGAUGGCGGCGAUCAGCGAUAUCGUCGAUUCGAUACGCGGCGGCGGCGGCGGUGACGAGCCGUGGUCGAAGAGUCUCCUACGCGCGGCGACGUUCAUCGCCGACAAAAUCACAAAGGAUGCUAACGGGAAUCCGGAGGCGACGAGCGGCGAUCUACCGCCGCGACGGCCGGCGUUGAUUCAAUCGGCCAUCGGACGAAUGAGAUCGAGAAACUCGAGUAGGGAGCCGAUCAUUCGCAAAUCGACAAGCUAUAGCGACUUUACGAAUCCCGCGUGGAAUGGAUCGCAAUCGAACCUGGCAUCGGGUUACGCUAGUGUUGAAGGAUCGCCAAGGAAGACGCGAUCGUCGAGUCGAGCGAGAUCACCGGAUGGCGCGCGGGUUGUGCUCUCGCCGCUGCCAACCCAUCUAGCUUAUGAUUUGAAGAAUGUGCUGCGAAUGACCGAGAUCAAGACCGACAUUGGUUACGCUAGGGCUUUUGUGCGACUCGCAUUGGAGCGUAAGCUGCUUCACAAACAUCUUGGAGCACUUCUAUCCAACAGUCGACUCAUGCGAGAGCUCUACAAGCCGUACGCGUUCGUCGCCAGCGAGGAGGAGCGCGAGCAAUUCCUGUUCCAUAUUCUGUCGUUGAACGCCGCCGAAUUUCGGUGUUUCACGAACACCUUCACUAAAACUAAAAUGGACUAUCAAGUGGUGAUUGUGACGGGAACUUGGCGCGGAACUCUGCCGGCGAUUUGGGUUACGGUAGAAGGCACACUGUGUCGGAGUCCGCAAAUCAAUUUGAAGUCGAACACGCCGUUGUUCAAGUUUGACCACAAGAAUCUUGGCGUUCUGACGACACUUCGAAUUGGUCAUCAGGCGACUGAGAAGCCGCACAAAUGGUAUUUGGAUCAUGUGAUUGUUCGGAAUGAGAUCACCGGUCAAACGUAUCGAUUCCCUUGCGGCAGAUGGUUCGGCGAGGAUCGCUGGUUUGGCGCUAGCGAGGAUUCGACGCUCGAGAGGCUACUGAUUGCCGAGCCGUUCAUUGAAGCUGACAGAUCGGAAAUGAUUGGCGGAGAGCCGUGCUCGCCGGCCAGGAGUCGGCGGAUCAGCUCCAGAAGUCAGACGCCACAAAGGGAGCGGAGUCCGUCGAGCGGACGGGGACAAGAUACACUACCGAGGAGUCGAAAAUCGAAGCUGAACGAAGUGCAACACGCGCUGGGCGAGGCCGUCAACGCGCUCGUCAAAUACUUUUGCGCGGAGCGUCAAAUCAAAAGCGAGCUGCCGCAUCUGCUUUGCGGACAACGCGGAUUGGUGCCUGCCAUCGAACAGGCGUUCCAAAUCGGACGGCAAGAAUCGCUAAUGAACUACUUCCGAAGCACCUACCCGUGGGAUUAUAUUGAACGAAUCAUCGCGUGGGCUUUUGAUAUUUGCAGCAAGAAAGGCCAGUUGCCUGAUGGACAAAAGGCGAUUAUUCAUUACGCGCUGAAAUUGUAUCGAAAAAUCGACGCGCGAUCGUCGCUCGGCAAAGAUGGCAAAUUCCACGUGUUUGUGCUGUUGUCGAUCAGGGAUCACACGCUUCCCGGCCUUCUCAUGCUGAUGUACAUCUCGCCGGUCACCGCCGAAAUGUUCAACGAGCCGUCGUUUCUGCGCACACGCGCCCAUUUGACCUACUUCUCGCGUCUAAUGCAUUCGCUCAAAGAGUUCAAAUUCGAGAUCGAUCCCUCGCUGACGUAUGGAAUUGUCUAG